UGUGGUUGCUGUGAGAUACGAUCGUUAAAAAGUGUUAAAUGAAAAAGUGAAAACGAUUCUAUUUGGAUAACACGUAGCCAUCGUAUAUAACCUAACAUUUGUUGAGACUCCCGUGAAGAUCGGAGCUGGUGACAUACGCUUUGUCGCUUUGCUCAACGGUUCAAAUUCAAAUUUGUAGUGCCGCAUCAUUACUUCAUUCAUUUCUUCAUUUGUACAUUUUCGUUUUCCACAUUCGCCUUUGUGGCAGCAACUUUGCUGAAUGCUAUUCGUUUUCAAACGACUAAUCGCUGAAAUAUCCAAUUAGACUAAUACGAACUAAGUAAUAAAACAAAGAAAUGACAACGUUAAAAGAACUUAGAAGCAAGUGCAGAAAUGCAGUAAGAUUGGAUGAUCAUGUGAAUAAAGAAAAUGAAAGUGAUAGUGUUUAUAACGAAACAAUGACACAGCGUUUGUCAGCUCUCGAAAAAACGAUUGAGAGACUCGUGAGUGUGCAUGAGCUACUAAAUAAUAUGCAAAAUACUCCGUGUGCGUCGAAUUUCCAACCAACGUUUAUGUCAUCACCCCAACGAACAAUGUAUACAAGCGCGACAAAUGUCCAAUAUACAACAACGCCGGCUAUGCGAGUGAAUUUCAUGCCACAACAUAUUCCAAUUAUAUCCGAUGUACGUUAACCAAUUGGAAAUAACGUCCCAAUUAGUAAUUCCUCUCAUUAUAGCAUGAGAGACAUUGUCGAGUUGUUGCCAGAAUAUAAUCCAACAAGCGAAACGUCACUAAACUCAGUUCAAUUUAUAAAACGUAUAGAAAUAUUAAAGAACUUAUAUAACUGGCCAGAACAAAUUUUGAUUUGUGCGGUGCAACAAAAACUUCGAGGAUGUGCAAAAUUGUGGAUUGAUUCACAACAGUGUGUUUUUGUAAAUUGGCCACAGUUUGUAAACAAUUCUUUAACUGAUUUUCCGUGUAUGUUAAAUGAAGCUGAUACGCAUAUCAAGCUAUCGCGAACGAAACGAUUUCAACAGAAUCACCGGUCGAAUAUUUUUAUAGAAUGCUAGCACUUGGCAACAAAGGCGGUUUAACUGAAGCUAGCAUCGCGCGACAUAUUGUGAACGGUGUAAACGACAAUGAUUGAAAUGAUUUGAAGCGUAAAAUAUCAAAUGAAUACAAUCGGUGCCAAGACUUACUAAAAGAUAUCAUGAGUUAUAGCGUGUAUAAUGAUACCAACUGGUCAUCCAAAUCGAGAAACGCGUCAUACACAGUGAAACCUCAAACUCUAAAUUCGAAAAAUGUUCCAUUGUCAGUAAAUAACAGUAUUCAACGUUCGUUCAAUGAAACAAAUUGUUACAAUUGUGCCAAAUUCGGUCAUUACGCGAUUAAUUGCCCUGAACCACAGAAAAAACCAAGGUGUAGUAAAUGUCAACGUACGACACAUAAAACAGACGAGUGUCCCGAAAAGAAAAACGUGAAAGUAAAUAAAAUAUCAAAUAAUACUUGUAAAGCUCAUAAGCCUAAUGCAAAUAAUGUACAUAAAGAAAGUGUCAAUGAUGACCUUAUUUCCGAAAAUGUACUUCUCGGCAAAGAUGUACUAUGUGUUACAAAUACGCGGUUCAUAAUCGAAAGCGGUGAAUGUCGUGUUGAACAAACCCGUCAAAUUAAUUCCGUUGAAAAUUUGAAUAAAACUGAAAUCGAACAUUUUAAAAAUAUAAUGUAUAAACCCGUUAACAGUCUCGAAAAUAUUGUACGUCGUCAAGGUAGUCGCUUACAGCAUGUCAAUGCUUUAAGUCGAGCGCCUGAUCAACCUGCAAACGAAGUCAAUCCAGCAGGUUUUGUCAUUACAGUAUCCAGUAAUGACAACGACUGGCUUCUCACGACACAACUCCAAGAUGAAAAGUUACUCGAAAUUAUUAACGUCUUGAAGGGAAUCGUAACAUCACCAAAUGAUUUAACUCUAAAGGCUGAGUACCAGCUACGCAAUCAUCGUUUAUAUCGCAAGGAACCCGAUGGACCAAAAUUUGUGGUCCCAAAAGGGGUACGCUGGCGCAUUGUACAGUUCUGCCAUGACCAAGCAGAACAUACAGCGCUAGAAACGACUAUUCAACGUAUCAGACAGGCAUAUUGGUUUCCGAAAAUGAGAAAAUACGUUAAAAACUACAUAGCAGCAUGUAUUAAGUGUUGUUAUCAGAAACAACGCUCAGGCAAACCCGAACGUAUUAUGCAUUUUGAUUCUAUCAAGCCAAUUCCGUACCAUCGCAUUCAUCUGGAUCAUAUAGGUCCAUUUAAAUGUAAGCAAGCCGUAGUAAAGGUUUCCAAUGAAAGUGAAAAAUGGAAGCAGAGAUUCGAAAAACGUUACCAAAUGCCAAACAAGAAAUUUUGUUCCGUCUACGCAGCAGACAAAAAGAAACCUUGGCGUAGAAGCUAUCCUGAGUUAGAACCCGACGACGAAAUCGAUGACGAAAUCGAGGACGAUUUAGGUCAGGAAGGGCCGAGUUGUCACGCCACAAAAAUGCGCCUCUGAGCGUAUUUGCCACAAAAUACGUCUCUGAGUUGAUGUGACAGAAGAUACGACUCGGUGUGAGUUGUUCAAGUGAAGUCGAAGAGAAAGCGAACAUCGAAGACAGGUAAACUGCUGUAAAAUUAUACUAAUUUAUUCUUGUAUUCCUUUAUUAAUUGUUUUU